AUGGCAAAAAUAUCCAGCUGGAUAAAAAAACAAAGAGGAUUUGAUAAAGACAAAAUAAAAGAGAAUUAUAAAAGUAAGGAAUAUGUAGAUAUAGAUAUAUUUAGUGUUUCUAACAAAUCUGGAGAUAGUAAUACAGAAAAUAAUAGUGAUUGUAACAGUAUCAUAGAAGAGAAUACUAUCAAUGUAGAGGAUACCAAAAGGAAGGGAGAGAAUCAAAUUAUAAAUAAUACAUAUGACCAAGAAAAUGAUAAUAAAAAUAAUGACCAUCAUGAAGAUUCAGAGAUAUGUUCGAUUCAUAAGAAUAAAUGUAACAAAUUAUAUAAAUGCAUUUUAAACAUAUUUGAAGAUAAUGAAAUAUUAGAAAAUAACAAUAAAAUAGAAACUAAUAUAAAUAAACAAAUUAUUGAACAUAACAAAAACAAUAUACAAAAUAAUAUAAAUAAUAUACUCUUAUCAAAAAAGUCACACAUUUUUCAUACCCUUAAAAUAUUAGUACCAUCUAUACAUGAAAUAAACAGACUGAACGGCUCAUACGACGAUAAAUAUGAAAACAUUAAAGAACAAACAAAUUUUAAAAAAGAAGUUGAAGAGGCUGAAGAAAAAAAUAAAAAUAAAGAUAAUAAUAGCGAUAACAAUAAUAGUAAUUAUUUUAAUACUACCAAAUGUAAUAUUGACAGAUUAGAUGUUUCUUCUAUUAAUAAGGAUUUAUUUGAAGAUAUAUAUAUAGACACAUCACCUAAUAAAAAAGAACUAAUAAAUGAUAAUAUAAACAUAGAGGAAGGAUAUUAUGAAUCGAUCAAGACAUCUACAAACUAUAAUAAUGUUUUGAAUAUUUGUAAGGAUGAUAAAAAUAAAAGGAAAAUGAACCGAGAAAAUGCUCUAAAUAAUAUUUAUACUAAUUUUGAUGUGUACGAAAAUAAAAUGAGGAAAAUAGAGAGAAGGAAGAAAAAAAAUAAUACAAAUGAAAAAAAUAAUACAAAUGAAAAGGAUAAUACAAAUGAAAAAAAUAAUACAAAUGAAAAGGAUAAUACAAAUGAAAAGGAUAAUACAAAUGAAAAGGAUAAUACAAAUGAAAAGGAUAAUACAAAUGAAAAGGAUAAUACAAAUGAAAAGAAUAAUACAAAUGAAAAGGAUAAUACAAAUGAAAAGGAUAAUACAAAUGAAAAGGAUAAUACAAAUGAAAAGGAUAAUACAAAUGAAAAAAAUAAUACAAACGAAAAAAAUAAUACAAAUGAAAAGGAUAAUGAUUUGCAAGUUGAUGUAAAAGAUAUGAUUAAAUACACAGAAAAUAAUAAAAAUAAAAAUUUCAAAUAUUAUGAUAAUUAUAAGGAUGAAAUAAAUAUACUAAUAAAACAUAUUAUAAAUAAAAAACCUGAAAUUUUAUAUGUAAAGAAUAAAUUAAUAAAAGAUAUCUCUAGAAUUAAGAAAAAUAUAUUCAUGUCUGAUUUAUACAAUGACAUUUGUGUAUGUAUAAAUAAUUUAAAUAAUAUGAAAGUAAAGAAAGCCUUUUUUAUGGUACAAGAUUUAUUUAUUAAAAAAUAUAAUUGUAAUAAAAAAAAAAGAAAAUUAUUCUUAAGAAAUAUAUUUAUAAGUGAAAUCUUAUAUAGAUAUAAAAUAAUCAAGAAAACAGAAAUAAUAUUUAAUAUGAAUAAUGAACCCCCCUGUGAUAACUAUAUGAAAUAUUCUAUAAUAUCCAAAAGAUUAUAUAGAAAUUAUACUUUUGAUUAUAUUAUAGAUUUAAUAGAUGUUAAUGGUAAAGUAUGUUUUAUGAAAUAUAUAAGUUGUUUAAAUAAAAUUAAUCAUUAUUUUAAAAAUAUAAAAUUGAAAUCCAUAGAAAUUAUAAACAGUUCAUCUUUAGAAAAUAAUUAUUCAAGUUUCGAGACACUUAAUUCAAUAAGUAGUGAAGAAUUUAGUGACCUUGAAAAGAAGAACAAAAAUAUAUACUCUAAAAAUAACAUCAAAGGAAGGAGCAAAAACCAAAAAGAAAAAAAAAAAAAAAAAAAAAAAAGUGAAAGUAUGUGUGAUAAAUGUAUAUCAAAUGUAUAUAUAGAUUUUUCUCAUUUUAAUCUUGCUUAUGAGGAUGAAGAUAAUGAAGUUUUUUAUUACGUGACCAAAAAGGAAUAUGCCCUAUUAAGGAGGAGUUCUAGCUUUUCUUAUUAUAUAGAAAAAGAGGGAAAGAAGGAAGAAAACAAAACAAUAAAAAAAAAAACAGUUGAACGUGUAGAAGAUAUUAAUAUGACACAUUUAGAUGUAGAACAUGAUCAUAUAAAAGAAGACGAUAGGAAAAAUUCGGAACCAGAACAAUAUAAAAAAAUAAAUAAAAAUAAAAAAAAUCAUUUAUACAUAAAUAAAAAAUCACAUAGUAUAGAACAAAAUUCACAAAAUAUUUCUUUAGAAAAAUGUGAUGAAAAAAGUGAUUUUAAUACAGUCAUAUAUUUUUAUGUUAAUUUAUUAAUACCAUCAAAUUUUAUAUAUAUUAUAGCAUCAUUGAUUGAAGCAACAUUAUUCAAGUCGUGGAUUCCCUUUUAUACAUUUCCAUUCAAAUUUGGAAUCACUGAUUGUAAAUUAUUAAAAGAAAGAGGUUUAAUAGAUAAAAUGGUAUAUACCAAAAUAGCUAUGCCGUGGAUAAUUAGGGAUAGGUAUUUAUUAAUGGAUGUAUGGAUAUGUGAAGAUUUUGAAUACUCAAGGGGUAUAUUUUUAUAUGCUACCAAUUUCCCGAGAAAUACCGAAAUAAAUAAUAAUGUCAACUUUGAUACUGAUAAUUGUAUAGAAAUUGACAUGAGCAUUCAUGCUUUCAUAUGUCCAAAAAGUUUUGACAAAACUAAUGUUAAGUGUUAUGUUGAAAUAUCACCAAACAUGAAUUUCAAUGAAUUUUUUAUAUCUUUUAUAACAAAAGUUUUUAUUAAAAGUUGCAUAACCCAUUUUAUUAAAGUAUGUAAAGAAUUUGAAAUAAAUGAAGACUAUAAUAAAGAGUUGCAGAAAAAUAUUUUCUUUUACGAUAAAUUGAGAAAAGCAGCAAAAGAGUAUAAAAUUUAUUGA